AUGUAUUUUGGAAGGCGGCUUACUUCUGGUCGACGACUUUUGGAUCCACAAGAGCACGCGGUUGUCGUAGAGCCCAUAUCGAUAGUGGAUGAUAUCGCUGAAGAUGAGGAAGAGGCUUACGAGGAAAUGGAUGAAGAAGAAGACGAUGAUUGUCCAACAUCAAGCGUCACAGUCCCGAUGAUGCCAUGCACAGAGGUUGAAGCUCCAGGUAGAUACAUUAUGGAAUAACA